AUGACCAACCUCACCGAACGAGGUCCCAUGGACCGCACCAGCGCCUGCGUUGCUCCGCUCUCCAUCAAGAAGAAGCCAUCGGCAUCCUGGGACCAUGACUCGCGCCAAAACACCCAGUCGUCGCCGAAAAACAAGCGCGCGCCUUCAGCAAAGUCAUGCUCCCAAACCUGCCAAUCCCCGCAAGCGACGCCCGACUCCGUUCACGCCGAACCCGAGAGCUUCCCCAACUUUCUGCGAGCUUUUUACCACUUCCAUCCUUCCGCUGCCAUCGCCGCCGCCGACGAGUCCUCAGUCACAAUACCCAUCAACCAAGGCGACGUAAUCCUAGUGCAUUCUAUCCACCCCAAUGGCUGGGCAGAUGGGACUUUGCUUGGUUCGGGAGCUCGCGGUUGGUUGCCUACCAACUAUUGCGAGCCCUACGAUUACGCAUCGAUGCGGAACCUUCUCAGUGCUCUGACGCACGUCUGGGACCUUGUGAGGAGCGGGGAAAAUGGCAAUCCGACGGUUUUCACAAAGCAAGACUACGUCAGAGCAAUGAUUGCCGGCGUGCGCAUUCUGCUGGAGAACUGCGAUUGCUUGACUAGAGAUUCGCAGACCGUUCAAGCGCACAUCAGCGUACGACGCAUGCGCAAAGGGCUUUUGGGCGAUUUGUCUGCCCUAGUAAAGACUGCCAAACACUUGCAACAGGCGGCCCAUGACGAUUUGUCCAGCGUGCAACUUUACGAACUCUUGGAUGAGCUGGUUUUGAAAGCAUUCAAGGUUGUAACGAGGGCCGUACGUUUUUUGGACGUCUGGACGCAAGAGACUGGAGCAGAGCAGCCGUUGGAGAACACGGACCGACCGUCGACGCCAUCGCAUGAUACCAUCAAAAGCAACGAUGGCCACUCAAACGUUGCCGAGGAGCGUGCGGCUGGAGUGUCACAGAACGCUACUGUCGUGUUACAGCCGAGCGCAUCGACAACGAGCGACGAACGAAGUGAACUGACCAGCAGCACGCCCCCAGGUCACACGUUUGACAUUUAUUCCGCAUCGACUCCCUCCUUAUCGAGCUCAGCCCCCGCGCAACCUCCUCACAACAAACGGACGUCCGUCUCCCAUCGUGUGUCGUACACAAAUCAGGCGGCCGGCCCGCGACGACACAACCUUGCUUCGGAACGACUCUCGGCGGCACAGGACUCGUUUCUGGGGUUCAUUGGCUCGUUCAUCGGGUUACACCUCCAGUCGCGAUCGUCGUCUGAGCUCCUAACCACCACCCAACAGUCCGUUUUCGCGUGUCGCCAGCUCCUUGUCGUCGUUCAGGAGGUAUGGGAACGCGACUCACAACGCUCAGAACCUCUCGCGCUGGCAAGGGAUACCAUGCACGAAAAGCUCUUCGAACUCGUGCAGGCGACAAAGGGCAUGUUCGUUUCGUCUGAAACCAGCAAUAGCGACGACGUUAUCGUCCCUACUCAGGGGAAAGAGAUAGUUGAGGCCGCCACCAGCUGCGUUCGCGCAGCCGGCGAUUGCAUGUCAAAGGCACGAGUUGUCAUCGAGAAAAUUGGCGAUUUCGAGUUCGAACACACUGGCCCAGGACUUUCCGACUCGAUCUUUGACAGCCUUGACUUUGCGCCCAUUUCAGACACGACUCACGAACGCUCCACCUCGCAACACGACAUUAGCAAGCCCUUACCAGCACCACCAGAACCUGUGAAAUUACCCUUACCUCCCCCUCCUCAGGACAAACCUCUGCCCGAACCUCCUGCAUCCGCGUCCGUGUCGUCCCCCACGGCCAAUUCCGCGGCGGCAACCGAACUCCUUAGCCCAACCGCGUCCUCCUUCCGUUCUUCCAAAGACUCCUUGCCAUCGCUGGCCAAGAUCCCUAUCCCGAAUCCUCCAUCGAACCAAAAUGUUGCGACCGAAGAAUCCCCAAGCACCUACAGCAACUACCGGUAUGGCGGCAAUUCUGGCAACGACAAUAUCAACGGCUCUGACUCCACUAGUACGUACCCGAACAGUCUUCGCGGUGAUGGCGCAAGCAUCAUCUCGCAUACAUCCACGCGCGCCACCACACCGGAGGACUCGCCCAACUCGAAAGCCGAUUCGGUCUUGGUCAAGAGCUUCCCUAGCAUUUCGGAACUGCAGUCCGAGCUGCAUUCGACAACCAGUGAGGAUUGCUACAAGGUUGAGGCCCAGGUGCUCGAGAGGACUUAUGUACAUGAGUUGGUUUUCAAGGAUGGCCAAAUCGCCGGCGGUUCGCUCCCAGCGCUUGUUGAGCAGCUGACUACACACGAAGCCACCCCAGAGCCCACGUUCGUAAAUACCUUCUACUUGACAUUCCGCCUCUUCACGACACCUCGGGAGUUCGCUGAAGCCUUGAUCGAUCGAUUCAACUACGUUGAGGACAGCCCCGAUGUCGCUUGCCCCGUCCGCCUCCGCGUACACAACAUUUUCAAGGGUUGGCUCGAGACGCAUUGGCAGCCUGAGGAUGACUCCGAUGCGUUGGGUGUUAUCCUGGCUUUUGCCACCGGGAAGCUGCGGACUGUCUUGCCGAAUGCAGGCAAGCGCUUGGCGGAGUUGAUAGCCAAGGUUUCCGGCAUACAAGCCAGUGCGCCCACAAACCGCUUGCUUUCCUCGCUCGGGAAGACAAACACUUCGGCCACGGUGUACUCGGCCGCUGAUCCCAACGUGCCGAACCCAAUCGUCUCAAAAAGCCAGCUCAACGCCCUACGGGCCACCCGCGCGGGGGCGACGGUAUGCAGCAUCUUGGAUUUUGACCCGCUUGAGCUGGCAAGGCAGUUCACUCUCAUUGAAUCGAGGAUCUUCUGCUCAAUCCAGCCCGAGGAACUCCUGGCCUCCGAAUGGACCAAGAAGAAUGGCAGAGCCGUCAACGUUCGGGCUAUGUCCAAGCUCUCCACGGACCUCACCAACCUUGUCGCGGACACAAUCCUGCAGCUGGAGGAGCCGAAGAAGCGUGCUGUCAUCAUCAAGCAAUGGGUUAAGGUCGCUGCUAAGUGCCUGGAGCUCAACAACUACGAUUCUCUCAUGGCCAUUAUCUGCGCACUCAACUCCUCGAUGGUGCUGCGUCUCAAGCGUACCUGGGAAGCCUUGUCAUCAAAGACGCACUCCCGUCUCUCUGAGCUCCGGGCCAUUGUCGAAGUCGAGCGCAACUACGCCGUCCUGCGUAAACGCCUUGAAAACCACGUGGCUCCCUGCAUCCCGUUUGUCGGCAUGUAUCUGACCGAUCUGACCUUCGUCGAUGUGGGCAACCAGACGACGCGACAGCUGCCCGGAGCAUCGGGGAACGGGCGUGAUGGCCUUCGCGAGGUCAUCAACUUCGACAAGCACAUGCGCACGGCCAAGAUCAUCGGACAGUUGCAGCGCUUCCAGGUGCCGUACGCGCUUGCGCCGGUGCUGGAGAUGCAGCACUGGAUGCAGGUGCAAAUCGCGCGGGUGCGCUCAUCAGACCAGAGCACGGUGCAAAACUACUACAGGCGCAGUCUGCUACUCGAGCCGCGUGAGAUGCACCAACACCACUCGGGCAAGGGCAGCCCUUCGGUCGACUCGGGCGCCUUCACGCACAGCACAACGCGCGACGGCGGCAAGGAGCGCUUUGAGUUUUUGAACGCAAUGUUCAGUGCUGCGAUGCAGAGAGAGAGGGGCGAGAGGAACGGAAGCCAGGGCAGCAUCCUGUAA